AUGAUUUUACUGAAAACUAUAUGUUUGCUCUCGGCUCUCGUGACUGCCUCAUUUGGAAGCCUGAACUGCAAAGUUUCACCUGCCGAUUUAGCUUGGCCCUCGGAGAAUGAAUGGGCUGCAUUGAAUCAUUCCAUCGAGGGAGUUCUGAUCAAAACUGCCCCAAUUGCAUCAUCUUGCUAUCUUGGCAAUCCAUUCAACUCACCCGAGGAGUGUACCAGCGUGCAGAAGAAAUGGUCUUACGCAGCACAUCAUGCUGCCUGGCCGGAGAGCAUCGAUUACCCAAUCUACACAAAUAACUCCUGUGUUCCAAAGGGUGCCACUGGUUACGCUGAGAGAAAAGGCUGCAGUAUUGGUGGGCUACCGCAGUAUAUUGUGAACGCUACUACAACCGAACACGUUUCUUGGGCGAUGAAAUGGGCCUCUAAACGAAAUAUUCGGAUUGUCGUGAAAGGAACAGGACAUGACCUGAACGGCCGAUCAACUGGAGCAUUCGCACUUUCUAUUUGGACACACAAUUUCAAACAUAUCGAACGACGAAGUGCUUGGCAAUUGCCAGGUCGAAAUGAAACCGACGAUGUUGUUGUCUGUGGGAGCGGCAACAACUGGGGCUCUGUUUAUACUGCAGUUCACCGUAUGAACAGAUCUGUUGUUGGUGGUGAAGAUGCCACUGUUGGCCUCGGGGGGUUAAUCCAGAAUGGCGGUCAUGGAUUUUUGUCGAGCCACCUCGGCCUUGCAUCGGAUCAAGUUUACCAGGUCACAGUGGUUACUACCGAUGGUAGGAGCCUUGUCGCGAACAGUGUAGAGAACGGGGAUCUCUUUUGGGCUGUCCGUGGAGGUGGAGGAGGCCAAUAUGGAGUGGUGACGGAGUUUAUUUUGAAAACACACCCUGUUCCGGCAAAUGUGGUCAUGGGCGGCUUUUCUUUCUAUGCGGCCGACUCAUCAAACCUCAGCGAGACUGCCUCAUGGAAUGCUCUGUCGGAGGUUGUUUCCUCGAUUCCAAACCUUAUGGACGGUGGUUUGAAUGGCAACAUCACCGCAUACACUAAGACAAGGGCAAUGGCCUUGGGUCUUAAGGAAGCACCACGCGGUGUUGCAGCGGUGCUUGGUUUUGUUGGUUUAAACAUGACGGCUGAUGGUAUGGAUGAUAUCAUUGAUAAGUUAGCAGCCCGAGUCACAUCCAUUGGCAACAGUAGCUAUCUAAACAUCUCUCGCCAAAAGACGUCUAGUCAGAGUUACUGGUCUUUUGCGAAGCCUGAACCACUAUCUAGUAACUCUGCUGGGGCUGUCAGCCUGAUGACCAGCCGCCUGAUGGGCCGAAGGGAAUUAUCGGACAUUCCUCGGAAUGACUUAACGGAAUAUUUGCAGCAGGCAUUGGUUUCCGAGAAUCCAGAAGCUGGAACGAUGUUAUUGUUUGGAUUACAAGGCGGCCGCGGGCCUGCUCGUGUCCCAACAUACAUGCGUGGAAGUGUUCUUCCUGCUUGGCGCACCGCAUACGCUCACGUUUUCACCCUGGGAGCAUCGAUCAACGCGACAGGUGAUGCAAGCAAAUCCCUGAAUGCGGCCGCAGACUGGUAUGAGGCUGUUAAGGAGCCUGUUUGGAGAAACUGGGCUCCUAAUACCGGUUCCUACAUGAACGAGGGUAACCCGUUCAGUAGUACCUGGAAGAAAGAUUUCUAUGGUGAGAACUACGAGAUGCUCCUUGCCAUUAAACGCAAGUUUGAUCCUAGCGAGAGUCUCUUUGUUUGGAGUGGUGUUGGUAGUGACCUGUGGAAUUAUGAUCUGAACUCUGGUUUGCUAUGCCGGGUCGAAUCAUGA